GAGAAGGUUAUACGAUUGGUGGAAUUCAAGCAGACACAUCACAAGGCUUUGGGCUUGGUCUUAGCCUUCAAAAGUUGAAGUCCGGAGUGUUUACUCAGCAACCACAGCAGCAAAAUGAUUCUUUUAAUGAGAUUAUGCUGACCAAGUUUGUGCGUCUACUUCAACAGUUUGUUAACAUUGCAGAGAAAGGUGGGGAAGUGGAUAAGUCAUCAUUUCGCGAAACUUGUUCCCAGGCUGCUGCUUUGCUUCUUUCAAACCUAGCUUCUGAUUCAAAAUCAAAUAUGGAGAGCUUCUCGCAACUUUUACGUCUUCUUUGCUGGUGUCCGGCUUACAUUUCCACACCUGAUGCGAUGGAGACUGGUAUAUUCAUUUGGACAUGUUAGUUUCUGCUGCUCCACAAUUGGGAUCUCUUGUUCUUGCUGAGCUUGUUGAUGCUUGGUUGUGGACAAUUGAUACCAAACGAGGUCUCUUUGCAUUAGAAGUGAGGUAUUCUGGACCUGCUGCAAAAUUGAGGCCUCAUCUUGCUCCUGGAGAGCCAGAAAUGCCGCCAGAAAAGGACCCCGUUGAACAAAUACUUGCUCAUAGACUAUGGCUUGGAUUUUUUAUUGAUCGUUUUGAGAUUCUUUGCCUAAUUGCUAUGGAGAAGUCUAUUUCUCUUACACCUGAGCAUAUUCGAGAUGAGAAAGUGAAGGUGCAUCAAUUAGUUUCUUAUGUCUUCUACUGAUAAUAUGUCGGUGGUCCCUUUCUAUCAAUCGGCUCAAGAUUGAAAAACUCUUGGAUGCCUUUUCUAGUAUGUGAAACAUAUCAAGAUUUAAGUAUUUCUUUUUUACUAUGGAAUGGAGAACAAAUGCAUGUAAAUGAAGGAGCUUUUCCCCUCGUCAUAUUGCUUUCAUUUCUUGCACUGGGGAGUGCAAGGUGUUAUGCCAGUUCAUUGAUAGAGUGGAGAAACACCCGAGCAAAAAAAUUGAUGAGAAGAUUGGCCAGUUCUGGAUUGUAUUUUUUUCAUAAAAGAACUUUUUUCAAGUUUUUAGUUGUAAUAACUUUUACAUAUGGCUCAAAUUUUGAGACUCAAAUAGAUGU